AUGAGCAUUUCUCUGGAGAAUAUUCUUGGCCUCAAAGUUAAAAUUACUGAUGUUUUAGACCAUGUAACGCAAGGAAAAGUGUAUUCAUUCAACUCAAAUAAUGACACCAUCACUUUGAUUGUGGGCAAGAAAAAUAAAGCAUACACAUUUGAGAUCAUUCAGACCUCAUUUAUCAAGCAUCUGGAACUAGUAGGAGAGAAGGCUAAUCCGUCUAGUUUCAAGAAAGAUCAUGUAAAACCGUCAUACGUUGAUCUCGAUAGAGUGAAAAAUGCAUUGGCUAAGACAAUAGACACAGCUGCUAAAAAGGAAAUGUCAAUUGGAAAAAAUGUUUCCUAUGAGGGUCAAUUUAUAUUUGAUCUCAUUCAUAAGACUAUAUCAGAUAUAGUAUGGAAGGGAAAAUCCAUUGUCGUUCUUGAUGAGCUGGAAAUAAAUCCGCCGUAUCAGCUUGGUAGCAUUAAACCAUUGCAAGGCAGAACUGAUGUCAAAUCAAAAGAGUUGAUAGAUAAGAUUGUUGAAUCUGCAUGGAAUAAAUUAGAGAACGAAAGAAAAGGCGGAUGA